CUUAAACGAUUGAUUGCGGACCGCCAUGAUAUCAUAGAAGAAGAAGUAGAUAACAAAGAAGAAGACUUGACAAGCUCUUCUCUUGUUGCUAGGAUCGCGAGAAGAGGGGGACAAGCUCAAUCUGCCUCACGUUGCAGUUGGAGGUUGCUGUUCUAUCUAUCUGGCUUACCCUCAGAUCCUCCCUUUCCCCUCCUGGUUUCUUCCCGAACCUCUUGCUCUCCUUAAACCCUCUUUACUUGGAGUGAACCACCAUGGCAACAGCAAAGCCCAAAGGGCAGAACUCUCUGGCCCUCCACAAAGUGAUCAUGGUGGGCAGUGGUGGAGUGGGGAAGUCAGCCCUCACUCUGCAGUUCAUGUAUGACGAGUUUGUUGAGGACUAUGAACCAACCAAAGCGGACAGCUAUAGGAAAAAGGUAGUUCUGGAUGGGGAGGAGGUCCAGAUAGACAUCCUGGACACUGCGGGACAAGAGGACUAUGCUGCCAUCCGGGACAACUACUUCCGCAGUGGGGAGGGCUUCCUCUGUGUCUUUUCCAUCACUGAGGCAGAGUCGUUUGCAGCUACAGCAGACUUCAGGGAGCAGAUCUUGCGGGUGAAGGAGGAUGAGAGUGCACCCUUCCUCCUGGUGGGGAACAAGUCUGACUUGGAGGACCGGAGGCAGGUCAGCGCGGAAGAGGCCAAGGCGCGUGCUGAACAGUGGGGCGUGUGCUACGUGGAGACCUCUGCCAAAACCCGUGCCAAUGUCGACAAGGUAUUCUUUGACCUGAUGAGAGAGAUCCGAGCGAGGAAGAUGGAGGACAGUAAAGAGAAAAACGAAGCCCCUUACUCCUGGUUCUGGUACCCAGGGAUUCUAGUCUUGGAUCAGAAGUAACUGGUUGGUUUAACAAAAGAUGGGAAGAGUUAGCCAAUUAGCUUCAGCCGGCUGGUGUGCUACCUUGGCAAAGUUGGUUUGACUUUGGAUAGCCUAUCUCUGGGAAUAGUAGGGACUAGAUGUCGACCGAUUAUGAUUUUUCAACGCCAAUAAUAAAAAUUAUCGGCAAAUCCGCCCCCAAAAAUACCGAUAUCCGAUUGUUAUGAAAACUUGAAAUCGGCCCUAAUUAAUCGGUCGACCUCUAGUAGGGACCGUCCAUAAGUUACACAAUGUACAUCAUUUUAGUUCUCAUUAAAUGCUUUCAAUAUUUGUAUAUGAAUUUCUACAAUUUAUAGUUGGUUUGAAGUUUUUAAAUCAUUGAAAAUUGGAGAUUGUCCCAUGUACACAUCCUGUAUCGCAUACGGCUGUGAUUGGGAGUCCCAUAGGGCGGCGCACAAUUGGCCCAGCGUCGUCCGGGUUUGGCCGGGGUAGGCCGUCAUUGUAAAUAAGAAUUUAUUCUUAACUGACUUGCCUAGUUAAAUAAAUGUAAAUGUCCCUGACUAGCCCCAUAGGCAUUAUGAUCAGGUAGUGUGGAGCUGUGCUCCGAAUUGAUGAUUACUUGGGUGCUGACUUGUGGACAGGAUUAAAAUAAACCCAAUCCACGGAAAACUGUUGUCACGGAAUGAAGAUGUCAUUUUUAUUUAUUUUUUAUCGUCUUGCAAAUAUCAGUUUUGGACCAAUACACUUAGUAGUACAUUUUGACACUAGAAUAAAUGUUUGACUCAUAUCGAUGCUACUUAGGCCAUUUUUUUUUUUACCCCCCCAUUUUCUCCCCAAUUCAGUCAUAUCCAAUUGCGAUCUUGUCUCAUCGCUGCAACCGGCUCGGGGAAAGGCGAAGAUCGAGUCAUGCGUCCUCCAAAACAUGGAACGCCAAACCACGCUCCUUAACACCUGCCCGCUUAACCCAGAAGCCAGCCGCACCAAUGUGUCGGAGGAAACACUGUUCAACUGACGACCGAAGUCAGCCUGCAGGCGCCUGGCCUGCCACAAGAAGUUGCUAGAGCCAAGUAAAGCCUCCCCUCACCCAGACGACGCUGGGGCAAUUGUGCGCAGCCAUAUGGGACUCCCAGAAGAAGUUGCUUUUAGGGUCAGUCGCUCUUUAAGGUCCUCCGUGAACUUUUUUCUUAAAUAGUGCACAUUUUUUGGCGAGCUAGGUUGUGUUCAAUAGGCAGGGAAACAGAACAUUUGAAACCUGAAUAUUUAGUUUGUGUAGUACCUCCAAAGGUUUCUCUGAACAUGACCCUGAUUCAUGUCACAACCGGUGACUUGUGGCUAUGCACCAAAGAUGACCAUCUCUGCCACCAUAGAGUUUGAAGCGAGGGCCAGCCAACGAGAGCCUACAGGUCGCAGUGGUGGGUGGUAUAUGGGGCUUUGGUGACAAAACGGAUGGCACUGUGAUAGACUGCAUCCAAUUUGCUGAAUAGAGUGUUGGAGACUAUUUAGUAAAUAACAUCGCCGAAGUCAAGGAUUGGUAGGAUUGGAGAUGCUUAAUGUGAGUCUGGAAGGAGAGCUUACAGUCUAACCAGACACCUAGGUAUUUGUAGUUGUCCACAUAUUUUAAGUCAGAACCGUCCAGGCUAGUGAUGCUGGAUGGGCGGGCAGGUGCAGGCAGCGAUCGGUUGAGGAGCAUGCAUUUAGUUUGACCUGCAUUUAAGAGUAAUAGGAGGCCACGGAAGGAGAGUUGUAUGUAUGGCAUUGGAGGUUAAGUGUCCAAAGAAGGGCCAAAUGUAUACAGGAUGGUGUCGUCUGCGAUCAGCGAGUCACCAGCAGCAAGAGCGACAUCAUUGAUGUAUACAGAGAAAAGAGUCAGCCUGAGAAAAGAACCCUUUGGCAGUCCCAUAGAGACCGGACAACAGGCCCUCCGAUUUGACACGCUGAACUCUGUCUGAGAAGUAGUUGGUGAACCAGGCGAGGCAGUCAUUUGAGAAACCAGGGCUGUUGAGUCUGUGGUGAUUGACAGACAAAAGCCUUGGCCAGGUUGAUGAAUACAGCUGCACAGUAUUGUCUAUCGAUGGCGGUUAUGAUAUCAUUUAGGACCUUGAGCGUGACUGAGCUGCACCCAUGACCAGCUCGGAAACCAGAUUGCAUAGCGGAGAAAGUACGGUGGAAUUCAGGGUAGGAUAUAUAUAGGUCGGUAGCAGUUUUUGUCUAGAGUGUCUCCCCCUUUGAAAAGGGGGAUGACCGCGGCAGCUUUCUAAUCUUUGGGGAUCUCAGACGAUACAAAAGAGAAGUUGAACAGGCUAGUAAUAGGGGUUGCAACAAUUUCGGUUGAUCAUUUUAGAAAGCGAGGGUCCAGACUGUCUAGCCCUGCUAAUUUGUAGGGGUCCAAAUUUUGCAGCUCUCUCAGAACAUCAGCCAUCUGGAUUUGUGUGAAGGAGAAAUGGGGGAGGCUUGGACAAGUUGCCGUGGGGGGUGCAGGGCUAUUGACCAGGGUAGGGGUGGCCGGGUGGAAAGCCUAUAUAGGUGUUCCUAUAUAUUUGCGUAUCGCGGGGGCUAUUUAAUGCGAAUGCCGUACGCCACAGGAUGUUUUUGUGCUGGUCAAGGACAGUCAGGUCUGGAGUGAACCACGGGCUAUAUCUGUUCCUGGUUCUACAUUUGUUUUGAAUGGGGCAUGCUUAUUUAAUAUUGCGAGGAAAGCACUUUUAAAGAAUAACCAGGCAUCUUUUACUGACGGAACACCCCCAUCUUCUAUUGACUGCAUGUGUUCAAUUUGUUUCAACUUUUGCUACUUUGCAUGACGGUUUGUACUGAACGACACGUUUCCCAAAAACAUUCUUGAACACAGAGGUACAUUUGCUCCAUUUGUGGGUGUAGUUAAUCAAUGCUUCAUGUAUUCAAUUUCUCAGGUUCUGGCAGAUGGGCUUUCUGUUCCCCUCUGAUGCUCAUACCCAUGUUAGAAGGGAAGGUCACAAAAGAAACGUUAUUUUGCCCCCUUAGGAAUAUACACUGCUCAAAAAAAUAAAGGGAACACUUAAACAACACAAUGUAACUCCAAGUCAAUCAAACUGUCCACUUAGGAAGCAACACUGAUUGACAAUACAUUUCACAUGUUGUUGUGCAAAUGGAAUAGACAACCGGUGGAAAUUAUAGGCAAUUAGCAAGACACCCCCAAUAAAGGAGUGGUUCUGCAGGUGGGGACCACAGACCACUUCUCAGUUCCUAUGCUUCCUGGCUGAUGUUUUGGUCACUUUUGAAUGCUGGUGGUGCUUUCACUCUAGUGGUAGCAUGAGACUGAGUCUACAACCCACACAAGUGGCUCAGGUAGUGCAGCUUAUCCAGGAUGACACAUCAAUGCGAGCUGUGGCAAGAAGGUUUGCUGUGUCUGUCAGCGUAGUGUCCAGAGCAUGGAGGCACUACCAGGAGACAGGCCAGUACAUCAGGAGAUGUGGAGGAGGCCGUAGGAGGGCAACAACCCAGCAGCAGGACCGCUACCUCCGCCUUUGUGCAAGGAGGAGCAGGAGGAGCACUGCCAGAGCCCUGCAAAAUGACCUCCAGCAGGCCACAAAUGUGCAUGUGUCUGCUCAAACGGUCAGAAACAGACUCCAUGAGGGUGGUAUGAGGGUCCGACGUCCACAGGUGGGGGUUGUGCUUAUACAGCCCAACACCGUGCAGAACGUUUUUCAUUUGCCAGAGAACACCAAGAUUGGCAAAUUCGCCACUGGCGCCCUGUGCUCUUCACAGAUGAAAGCAGGUUCACACUGAGCACAUGUGACAGACGUGACAGUCUGGAGACGCCGUGGAGAACGUUCUGCUGCCUGCAACAUCCUCCAGCAUGACCGGUUUGGCAGUGGGUCAGUCAUGGUGUGGGGUGGCAUUUCUUUGGGGGGGCCGCACAGCCCUCCAUGUGCUCGCCAGAGGUAGCCUGACUGCUAUUAGGUACCGAGAUGAGAUCCUCAGACCCCUUGUGAGACCAUAUGCUGGUGCGGGUUGGCCCUGGGUUCCUCCUAAUGCAAGACAAUGCUAGACCUCAUGUGGCUGGAGUGUGUCAGCAGUUCCUGCAAGAGGAAGGCAUUGAUGCUAUGGACUGGCCGCCUGUUCCCCAGACCUGAAUCCAAUUGAGCACAUCUCGCUCCAUCCACCAACACCACGUUGCACCACAGACUGUCCAGGAGUUGGCGGAUGCUUUAGUCCAGGUCUGGGAGGAGAUCCCUCAGGAGACCAUGCGCCACCUCAUCAGGAGCAUGCCCAGGCGUUGUAGGGAGGUAAUACCACACACACUACUGAGCCUCAUUUUGACUUGUUUUAAGGACAUUACAUCAAAGUUGGAUCAGCCUGUAGUGUGGUUUUGGACUCCAAAUCCAGACCUCCAUGAGUUGAUAAAUUUGAUUUCCAUUGAUUCAUUUUUGUGUGAUUUUGUUGUCAGCACAUUCAACUAUGUAAAGAAAAAAGUAUUUAAUAAGAAUAUUUCAUUCAUUCAGAUCUAGGAUGUGUUAUUUUAGUGUUCCCUUUAUUUUUUUGAGCAGUGUAGUUCAAUAGCCCUGUCGAGCCUUUCCACUCCCUAUUUAAUCUGGCUCUUGUGACUGACUGGGUUCGAACCAGGUCUCCUGCAUGUCAGAAGACUGUUAGCCCACUUAGCUAAGGCACAUUGGGAUGAAUUCAGGAAGCUAACACAAGUAUUCAAGUCUCCAGCAAGGUUACUUGAAGAGUAUGGUUCAUCAAACCACCUCGGUUGCAUUUUAUCCCCUUUAGACCUCGUAUCUGGAGAUUAUGGCACCAAUAUGACUGUCUGGGUUUUAAUUCGGGCGUACUGCACGACACUGUGGCAAACCGAAGCAGAACCAUCUGGCUUAUCAGAGCCCUUCUAAGGAUAGCCUUUCCAUGACAUUGCUAUUCAACUUCUUAUGGGGGACAAAUUUUGUUUUUUGUGGCAUUCCCUUCUAACUUGGCUUGUGAUCAUCAUAGAGGGGAAUAAUAAUAAUAGCUUAUAGCCAAAGCGGUUCAAAUGUUAGAGCCAAACUCGUACGGAGAAAAUGUAUUCAACAUGCCACAUUGGCUUCAGUAACCGCCAGAAGUUCAUGUUUACCACAGCGAGCAUUUGAUUCGAUCUCUUCUCCUCUACCUUUCCUGGUUGGCAAGGUGAUGUUGCGAGGUACUGUACAUAAUAUAUAAGGAGGUACUGUACAUAAUGACGAGAUGGUCUUGUCUGCGCCCCUAACAAUGGUAGCCGUUGUUCCAAAAGCGGGAAGGCAGGCAGACUGCUUAUCACUGUAUUCCCACAUGGAGAAAUUGACGGGAGGGGACCCUCUCACUUCACCUCUUCCUCUCUAGUCAUCACACUCAUUAACAUUGAUGCCUUGAUGUCCAUUGUGAUUGGGAACAAGUAGACCAGCAUUUCCAAAACUCAUUCUCCGGUACCCCAAGGGGUGUACGUUUUGGUUUUUGCAUUAACACUACACAGCUGAUUAUUUUAAUCAGCUGUGUAGUGCUAGGGCAAAAGCCAAAACGUGUGCCCCCCUUUAGGUCCCGAGGACAGAGUUUGGGAAAACCCUGAAGUAGACUAUCCCCACACCUAGAUUAACAGUUAUAUGCAAUGCUUGGAGUACCUCUUUUUUUUCUGAGCCUCAAAUUAUGUUUUCCUUUUGACUGAAUUCCUUGUUAUUGGAAUUUCAUCAUAGACAUUACAUUUCAGACAUUACGUUUGCUACUUCAAUUCUUUAACUCUUACCCGCCAUGUCUAGACUUGACAGUUCAUUCAGCUUUUGUAUUUUGAUCAUGGAGUUCUGAUCAUGCAAUUAAGAACACGUCAUGCAUAUUGAUUUAAAACUACAUUUAAAUGUGUCCACAUUGUGUCCAGUUUCCCUUUUCCCAUGCUAUAUUCAAAUGCCAGUAUGCAUUCUGCAAACGGUGGAACAGGAUAAAUCUGACAACUUGAUGGCUGUAGCCUACUAGCCAGCUAACCUCUGUAACUAGCCAGCAAGCUACAGGACACACCUACUCAUUCCAGGGUUUUACUUUAUUUGUACUAUUUUCUACAUUGCAGAAUAAUAGUUUAGAUAUCAAAACUAUAAAAUAGCACAUAUAGAAUCAUGUACUAACCAAAAAAGUGUUAAACAAAUCAAAAUAUAUUUGAGAUUCUUCAAAGUAGCCACCCUUUGCAUUGAUGACAGCUUUACACACUCUUUGCAUUCUCUCAACCACCUUAAUGAGGUAGUCACCUGGAAUGCAUUUCAAUUGACAGGUGUGCCUUGUUAAAAGUUCAUUUGUGGAAUUUCAUUCCUUAAUGCGUUUGAGCCAAUCAGUUGUGUUGUGACAAGGUAGGGGUGGUAUACAGAAGUCCAUAUUAUGGCAAAAACAGCUCAAAUAAGCAAAGAGAAACGAAGAACUUUGAACGUUUCUUCAAGUGCAGUUGCAAAAACCAUCACGCGCUAUGAUGAAACAUCAACUGUUCAGAGAAGACUGUAUGAAUCAGACCUUCAUGGUCAAAUUACUGCAAAGAAACCACUACUUAAGGACACCAAUAAGAAGAGACUUGCUUGGGCCAAGAAACACAAGCAAUGAACAUUACAGGUAGAAAUCUUUCCUUUGGUCUGAUGAGCCCAAAUUUGUGGUUUUUAGUUCCAACUACCAUGUCUUUGUGAGACGCAGAGUAGGUGAGCGGAUGAUCUCGGCAUGUGUAGUUCCCACCGUGAAGCACGGAGGAGGAGGUGGUGUGGGGGUGCUUUGCUGGUGACACUGUCAGUGAUUUAUUUAGAAUUAAAGGUACUCUUAACCAGCAUAGCGAACACAGUAUUCUGCAGAGAUACGCCAUCCCAUCUCGUUUGCAUUUAGUCCCACUAUCAUUUGCUUUUCAACAGGACACUGACCCAACACACCUCCAGGCUGGAGAGUGAUGGAGUGCUGACCUGGCCUCCAUAAUCACCCGACCUCAACCCAAUUGAGAUGGUUUGGGAUGAGUUGGACCACAGAGUGAAGGAAUAGCAGCCAAUAAGUGCUCCGCAUAUGUGGGAACUCCUUCAAGACUGUUGAAAAAACAUUCCAGGUGAAGCUGGUUGAGAGAGUGCCAAAGAAUGGCUACUUUGAAGAAUGUCAAAUAUUAAAAUACAUUUUGAUUUAGCACUUUUUUAGAUACUACAUGAUUCCACAUGUUAUUUCAUAGUUUUGAUGUCUUCACUAUUAUUAUACAAUGUAGAAAAUAGUAAAAAUAAAGAAAAACCAUUGAAUGAGUAGGUGUCCAAACGUUUGACUGGUACUGUAGCUAGCAACGCUAAAGGGAUUUCUUACAGGUUAGCUUAACUCUAGCCAAACAAAGCAUUGUUUUUCUAAUAAACGCGAGCCAACUAGCUAAUUGAAGCUAGCAAACACCUUUCUUACAUGCUAGGAACGUAUUUCCUUCAACAUUUAAUGAAAAAAAAGGUGCUUCUCUCCCAAAACACAAGUUUUCUGGAAACUUGUGGGCAGAGUGCUGAUGUGGCCCACUGCUUGCACCUUCAGUAGCCUGAUUGGGUCUAGAAUGAGAAGAAAUUCACACAUGCAUGCGUCUCUGACCACCUCUUGAACUUUUGUGCAUCUAUACCGGUCUUUUUCAAUGCGAUGUUCAUAUUCUGAUAGGCGAAGUUGCAUGUAAAUGUCAAGUGUAGACAGCCUUAGACAGGCAGUCCAAUUCUGAUUUGGCAAAAGAGCUUAAUCCCCCCGCUCUUGGUCAAAUUAGUGGGAAAAGAUCGUAAUCUUGCUGCCAGUGUAAACACAGCCUUAAAGUAAUUGUCCAGUGGAUCUAUUUUAAAAGUUCAAAAUUCUGAUAACUCAUACCCGUAUAAUGUCGUGACUCAGCCUAUACUCGUAUUUUUGGCCAAAGCAUGAAUUGGAGAAUAAACACUUCAAAACCACCACAAUUGUGUUUCUGACAGUUAAAAAAAAAAAAAAAAAAGCUUUUUAUUUCCGCAUGAAGGAUGAUGAGCUGGCCAAUCAGCUGUCUACUCAUUAUUUUUUUUUGUUGGUUUUCACCCACUCCAUUCCUGCUCAAAGCUGUUUUUUUAACAUAUUUUUUAAGAAUUGGUAGAUAAACUUCACUCGUUUUGUAAUCAAUUAUCUGGAAACACUGGAAUGCUACUUUAAUAUAAAUCUGGAAAUUACUGGAGUUACUUUGUUUUUGGGAAACUCACCCCAUGAUAGUUUGAACUUUUCAGUCUUACAUAACUUGAUGUUAAAACCCUCAAGUCUAUUGAUGCACCGGUGUGUUAUCUAAAUAACAUAAUUAAAAAAUCCCAUCAAUCUGUCAGUUUGAGCUAGAGAGAUCUAGCAUGGGCUAUGUCUCAAUCCACUUCAUCCGCCUAUGUCGCCCUUCCGCAUCUGCAGUGGAAAGUGGCGGAGCUACAGAGCUGUUUUUCAAACCAGGAGACAUCCAGAAAAUCGUAGACUCACGAACAUGACGGUGUUCUCAGUGUUUUGCUUUGACGUCCACAAGUGUCGCUGGACCAGUCCUAAAGGUAACCCAUACAAAUGAAUGGAGGUAGUUUUGUGCCAACAAAAAUAAGGGGUUAAAUGUGUUGUUUAAUUCCUGAGCUUUCUUAUCUCCUUGAUAUAGGACAGACACUUCAAAACUUUAUUCCUUAUGAUUUAUUUUUGUACUGUCUUGUCGUUUAUGAAUUUAUAAUUCAUUGCGUUUAUGUGUUUAUAUGGGCAAUAGUAGUAAAGGCCAAGUGUAAUAUUUUGUCAUGCUUUAUUUAUUUUUUAGGGAUACCUAAAAGGCUCCUAAAAUUUCAAAUCAAAUAGCUAAAUGAUCCAUUGUAUGACCUUAAAACAAUUCCAUGUCAUCUUAGAACCCCCCGCUCUUGUAGAAUUCUGUAGCACACCAUUAUCUACUUCCAUGGUGCUACCUUGCUUUCUGACUGACCUAGAUCAAGUUCUGUUUGUUUGUGUGUAUGCACAUGCGUGGGUCCAAGCCCCUACUUGGUAACUCUGUCUCAAAUGACAAAUGUUUUUAUUAACUUAUUUUCCUAUUGUUUGGCGUAAUCACAAUGGACUGGGCCAGGUCAAAUUGAGCAAGGCCAGGUCUGGUUCGUGAGACUUAAGUAGGACUUUGUAUUACAUUUUGUUGCAGUAAUGUGAAUGCAGGUGAAUUUUCUCUACAGGAAACUUUUAAUGUGAGUUUAUUUAUUUUAUUUUUUACUGUACACAUGUAUUGCCUUGUUUUAAUAUCCUUUUACUUUCAAUUUGUAAUAUUUAUCUUUGAUUUGCUUUAUCAAACUGAAGAUCAAUCUCGAUAUGGAUGUUGGUUAUACCUGUAUUGUGUAGUUAUUAUGUUGUCUGUUUACUCACAUCCUUAACAAAAACACUAAUGUAUCUUACUGUUACUGGGUACGAUAAUUGAAAUGCUGUGUACCUUUCAGUUCAUGUUUUGUGAGCUAUUGGAUAGACAAAUAAAGUGAUUAUAAUUUUUUAUAAACAAA